AUGGAGAUUUGUGCUGAAACUACGCAUUCCAAUGGGAAACAAACUUUGAAGCAUUCUAAAUCUGCAAUUGAAGUAAAAAGAUCAAGCGAAAACACCUAUAGAUAUUUUCAUUCCAAUAAUGUGAGGCAAAAUUUAAAGCAAACUUCAACUUUUGUCAAUCAUGCUGCAAAUGCAUGGCAUGAGAAUAGAAAAAAAUGGGUCGGCGAUAAGUCUCAGAAUUCACCAAGAGCACCUAAGGAUCCAAUUAUUAGCUGGUCGACAUCAUAUGAAGAUCUGCUUUCUACUAGCGAACCAUUUGCGGAGCGCAUACCAUUGCCUGAGAUGGUAGACUUCUUAGUUGAUAUUUGGCUUGAUGAAGAAGGCUCCUUCGACUAA